GUGUCCCUGCCCAUGGCAGGGAGUUUGGAACUAGAUGAUCUUUAAGUCCCUUCCAACUCAAACCAUUCUAUGAUUCUAUGAUUUUAAAAUGAUGCCAAAAGGUGCCUUUAGGGACAACCGCAUGAGGGAACUUGUCACCUUCACCCCCAACACGUCUAUCACCACAUCAGUAGGAGCUAUGAACAGCCAGGCUGGUGAAGAACCAGAUAUUUGGAUGCCUAAGGGGCUGCCACAGGUUGACAUGAAUGACUGGGUGCUCAGUUCAACAAUCACCGUUGUUCCCAUGCUGGUUGUCCCACGGUGCGCCAGGACCCCAUCAGGAACCAGGAUCCCAAACUCCUGCACAGGCCUGCCCAAUGUCCACCCAGAUGGGCGUGCAACCACUUGGUUGGAGGGAUCUUCCCAAUAAUUCCACAUUAUUUAUCACGUUAAUAAUAGUAACAACAAUGAUUUGUUACUUACUUAUAGCUGAAAUGGUCUAUUUUAUUGGCGUUUUCUUGCAUCCUGCAAUCUCAGUGGGAGUGAGACGUGAGGAUGGUGCACAGAGCAGGCGCCCGCCCGCUGGUGUCAGAGACUGCAAGUCCGUUGGUCUGCGUCAUCCUUGGGUGUGUCACACCAUCCUGCUUCCCCCCCACCACCACAAGGAGGGAUGGAGGCAUCCAGGUCAGCCCUUGCAAUCAGGCGCUAUGUCGAACAUCGUGUCCUCAGGGUUGAUGGGUUGACAGGGAGCUUGAUGGUGGUUUCUAUGUGACAGCAAAGAGCAGACGUUCAUAAGAUGGGAACCACUUGAUGUCUCAGGGACGCUGCAGCUGGGUGCAGAUGAGAAGAAGCGAAUGAGAAGGAAGACAAGAAUGUCACGCUCAACAGAACAGUUGAGAAGAGGAAGUGUUUGAGGCAACCAGCAGAUUGGUCUGCAAUGCCCGUCCUGUGAGGGUGACUCUUUGGCAACUUGCUUCCGCUGCUCUCAGAGGUGGUGACCAAGCCCUGGCACGUCUGCAUGUCCACAGCUGCCCGUUGCUCAGCAGAACCACAGGACCGUGGUCUCAGAGCCCAUUUGGCCUCAAGCUGAGGAAGAGACAGGGUACUGGAGCCUGCACGUGGACCAUUGGAGGAACCUCAUCAUGGAGCUACCUAGUUCCUGCUGGUCAGAUCUCAUCUGGGAGAGUUUUGGUGUGGCAGCUUUGUAAAACCUGACAGAGAGGACUGGACUUUGCAGCUCUGGGAUACCAAGGCUGUGCAAGGACUCUACCCUCACUGGACCCCCCUGUGCCUGGGAAGCACAAGACAGAAAGAAGGAAGAUGGACUGCCAUCCCAACAACACGAUCUGUGACUGGAGUACAGUGUCCCCAGCACCUAUGGAGAACAUGGUCUAUGGGGAUGGACACAAUGGGACCAAAUGCUUUGCAGAACACAUCCCUGAGAUCAUCACCGGUAGCAUCACGCUGCUCGUCUGCCUGUGUGGGCUGGUGGGAAACGGGGCCAUCCUCUGGCUUCUCGGCUUCCGCAUCCAGAGGAACCCCUUCACUGCUUAUCUCCUGAACCUGGCCAUUGCGGACACCUGCUUUCUCCUCUGCACAUCAGCUUUCCUUGUGAUAUAUCAUAUGCCGAUGCUCAGCUGCUUUCAGCCAGAGGUUUUGCGGGCGCUGCCACUGUUUCACUCCAUGGUUCUGCUCAUGUAUAGCACCAGCCUCUAUCUCCUCACGGCCAUCAGCGUUGAGAGGUGUGUGGGUGCCCUUUGGCCAUUCUGGUGUCGAUGCCACCGCCCGAAGUUCCUGUCAGCCAUCAUGUGCAGCCUGCUGUGGACCCUGGCCGGUGUGCUCGCCGGGCUGGUGUACUUUGUGUGUGACCUGAGUCACUCUAAACACUGCUGGACGGUUCUUGCAACCUUGUGCUUUCUCAAUUUCUUCUUUUUCACUCCCUUUAUGGUUCUUUCCAAUGUGAUCCUCUUCAUCAAGCUUAGGCAUAGGUCUUGGCAACACCACACAGCAAGGCUGUAUGUUGUCAUCUUCUUUGCUGUUUUCUUCUUUCUCCUCUUUGGUAUCCCAUUGAGUGUCCAGAUCUUCCUCAACUUCUUUGUCUACAUUAAUUUUGUCUUUGAGAUCUGCCUCUUACUGGCCGCUCUCAACAGCAGCAUCAAUCCCGUUAUUUACGUCCUGGUUGGGAGCUGCGGAAAGUCCAGGUUCAGGGGAUCCGUCAAAGUGGCUCUUCAGAGGGUCUUUGAAGAUAGAGCAGAUUUCCAGGAGAUGGGGGAGACCCCUGUGAUGGAAAUUCCUGCCUAAACCCCUCUGGCUGCAGGUUGGCACCUGGAGAGGGGCAGCCCUGCCUCUGCUCACCGGGCCAGCACCCAUGGGAGCAAAGCCCUUGCUUGGUUGGGUGAGCAGGACGGGUGGUGGAUAGUCAUGCAUCCUCCAGGACACGUCACAGUGGAGAUUUCCCAGGGCAGGGCUGGUUCCCACCUUGAACUUAUUGUUAAGUUGUUGUAAUAAAAAUGCGUUUCAUGUAACUUAUUGGUGAUGGCAGUUUCUUCCCAUGCUGGCUCCAUGGAGUGUCCUUGCUUGGUCCCAAAGUCACAGUUGUGACAGUCCCCUCACACUUCCUGCUAGUUUAUAAUGCUGAAAUGUUGUGGUCCAGCAAGUCCUGCAUCAUUUUUUUUACAGGGUUAACAGAGCCGUACUCCUGUACCUUGUCUGCUUCCCAGCAUGGAGAUGUCCUCUGCCUCUGCCCUCUUCUGGGACCUUAGUGUCUGAUACUAGAGCACCUAUCACUUACUGCUUUGACCCUCAAAAGCCCCAAGACCUGAGGAGAUGAUUGAGGGACAGAUAUGACAUUUUCAGCUCUCUCUGGCUUGAUGUUCUCCUGUGCCACAGUUUGUCAGAAAACCCACCUCAGUAUGGUUCAUGGAGCUGGGAGCAUCAGUCAGCAGCCAAACCUUCACCCUGAAAAGGAUUCCAUCCCUGCCCCAUCCUCGGAGAUGUUCAAGGCCAGUUUGGAUGAGGCUUGGAACAACCUGAUCCAGUGGAAGGUAUCCCUGCCCAGGGCAGGGGGUUGAAUGGGUUUUGAGGUCCCUUCCAACCCAACCCAUUCCAUGAUUCUAAGAUGGUGCCCGUGGAAGCAGAAGCUGAGAAAUCCUGGGUAUUUCUGCUCCUUUGCUGAGCACACAGAUAGUUGGAGCAGUGAGAGUUGUGUCACACAACAUCGUGCUGAUGUACCUCUAUGUUUUCCUUGUCAUGACCUGUUCGCACUUGAGAGGGUUGGUUUGAUGAGGGAACGUGAGAUUCUGUAGUUGAGGACACAAACACAGCAUCAGGGAGGAAGAAAGGAUGCAGUUCUGGUCCUGGGGUCCCUUUCCGUGCCAGUUCCCAGCGGGAGCACUCCUUGCUCCCAGGUCCAACAGGAGCUGUUUUACAUUUCACCACCACCACAGUCAUUAUGGGUAGGAAUCAUCUCACUUAGCUUCAUCUCACCUAACUUCAGCCCUCUAGGAAUUCUAUGGAUCUGAGAAAACCUUUGUAGGCUGCUGAGUGACCACAACUGGAGUGUGGGAGAAGUCUCAGAUGGAACCCUUAACUUUAGAUGGCUAAAGCCAAGUGGGCGGGAUUAAUUAAUCUGAUUUUCCUGAAAUCUUGAGAUCUGAAGUCACCUCUCCACCAUCUGCAUGUGCUCUGGUCCCUGCACAGAUCUUAUUAUUCAGCUCCUUGAUGCUCAUUGUCGUGUGCUCUUGGAAACUGCAUAGUUGAAGGUCAAACUUUGGUGUGAAAUCAUCACAUAUGAGUGGCAACCCCAGAUCCGAAUCAGAAACAGAAGGUUUGGAGCCACGCCAAGCUUGUAAGGCGGGGUCCUAAAGAUGCACGGUUGGAAUGAGAGGAGAAAAGUUCAGCCGGUUCAGCGAGAUGAAUGUUUUGGGAUUGAGGUUGCUUUAAAAUGAACUGAAAGAGGAACCAGACACGGAGACAAUCUGCUUUUCCCAUAGGUCUGGUUUCUGAGACUCCUUUUUGUUAGUCAUUUCCUGUACAAAGCUAAGAGUAGAUUUUAAUCAGAAUCCUGAUAGUAUCAAAUGCAAUGAAAUCGUUCCUUGUUUGCAAGAACCCUCGAAAACACAACCUGCUUGGCGAACACUGAGAAGAGUGGUUUGUGAAAGGAUCUGAAGAAGACCCCACGCUGGACACUUUGCAGGCUCACCAAGGCAGGCUUUGGUCCCGUUUCCCAAGUGAUAUUUCCAGGAAACCUCCUGAAGAUCCAAUCCCGGGGGUGGCAGCUGGCGAGUGCUCGGUGAUGUGAGUCUGCAGCGAGUCUGCUCCAGUGAAGUUCUCCAGGCUGUGAGAGGAAAGAAGCUGUGUGAGUGGGAAGGAGAAGCAGCAGAGGUUUCGUAAUAAGCACAUUUUUCCCUGCCAUGGAAAGAACUGAUCCUGCUUGCUGGAACCAGCCUGGUGAGAUGGAAUAUAACAGGACUUGGCGUCACAGGCUGCUGAGACAU